AUGGCAUCUGACCUGAAUGAAAUGAUUCCUGAUAACUGCGAGGAGGAGCUGCAGGCAUGCCCGCACUGUAAGCGCACAUUCAAUCCGGCGGUCCUGGCCAAACACGCGGACAUCUGCGCUCGGGUUGUGAAGAAACGUGAAGUAUUUGAUUCGUCGCUUCAACGUCGCGAGAGAUUCAGUUUCUUCAACAUGAGCCUCCGGGCGACUCGCGAGCCGCAACCCAGCACGUCACAUUCAACAAAUACAGUGACCACCAAUAGGAACGCCGCCGUUCCCAAUGCGGAGUCAGCUGCCCAGGAGGAUUCGGCUGCAGCCGCACCACCUCGAUCGGAUGCGACUAAUAGGCCCAGGCGCAGAUCAGGGCCAAGCACAUCUGCAAGCCAAGAGUCCUCGACGAGCAGGCGCCUCGACGCUCUUCCAUUGGAACGCUGUCCAUACUGUGAACGCAAGUUCAGCCAGAAAGCCAUUGACAGCCAUAUGACGUUCUGCAAGGAGAAGAGUGUGACGGCAGCCUUUACCGUCGCCUACGGGACCAGCCUAGAUGACAAGAUAUCGGCCAAGAAGCGCAUGGAGGCACGCAUGAAGUACAAGCCCCCAAAGCCAAA